AUGUUUAUAAGAUUAUUUCAUCAUCGUUUGCUAAAACUGAUUGUGAUUCCUCGUUCAUCGAUCAAUACGGCACCGUUGAUAGAACAAUGUUGGGAAUGUCAACGUGAACUUGAUCGAAAUGAGUGUCUAUCAUAUUGUCCGUGUGAAAAACGUGUUCUAUUACCGGUUUGUUCGGAAAUCGACUAUUUUCGGCUAUUUGAUUUAUCGCGUUCAUUUGAAAUUGAUACGAAACGAUUGACAACAAUGUUUCGAAAUAAAAUGAAAUAUUUACAUCCUGAUCUGUAUUCAAAUAAAUCUGAUAUUGAAAAAAGAUAUUCUCAAGAACAGUCAGCUGCACUAAAUGGUGCCUACAAAACUUUGUCUUGUCCACUGUCUCGUGCCCAUUAUUUACUUAAACUAGAAAACAUAACGAUAGAAGAAUCAUCCGUUCAACUUGAACCCAGUUUUCUCAAUUAUAUCAUGGAAAUAAACGAAGAUUUGAUUGAAGCAAAUGCUGAUAAGAAAACAUUUCCUACGGAGUUGGCUAUUGACAUACGGCAAAAAAUUGAUGAUCACACCAAAGAACUGUCGAAUGCCUUAAACAGAAUGGAUUUAACAAAAGCUACAGAAAUUUUAGCUCGACUACAAUAUUUUAAUAAUAUUAACGAUAAACUAACGCAACUAGAAUUAUACAAAUAA